CUCCCCUCCCACCUCCACUCCUCUCCUCUCCUGCUGCGUCGCGAGAAUAAAGGCGAGCGAGGGAGGAGGGAUCGAGAAGAGUUCGUCUUCCCCGUCUCCGUCGACCUCCGAGCUCGAGGGACUGCCGGGGCCGGGCUGGGGAGGGGAGACAGGCGCUCAGGCGAGGCACAGAACAACCGACAGGGUCGCUGCAGCCAGGUGCUCCUCCUUCCUUCUCCUUGGUCGGUCGGUCGGUCGAGGAGUUAAGGAAGAAGAACCAUGUUUGGGGACUGCCAGGUUCUCUCGUCCAUGGCGGCCAUGGCCGCGGGCGGCUCCUCCGCCGAUGCGCUCUUCGCCUCGCCGCUCAUGCCCAACCCGGGCGCGCUCGCCGGCUUCAUGUCUAACUCUUCCGCCAUGCCCUUUCAUCACCACUUCUCCACCAACUUGAUACCCAAAGAGGAGGGCGUUAUGGGUGGGCUUCACUUGGCGAAGGACGAGGAGUUGGACCUAGACAUGGAGAUGGAGCUCAGCGGCGGCUCCGGCAGCGGUCACCUCGACGGUCUGCUCAGCUUCGCCGACGUUGACGACGACAGGGACCAGAAGCCGCAGCACAGCGAGCCGGACGGUGCCGGCGCCGGCCACCACCCCUCCUCGUCGGCUGCGGCGGCGGCGUCCAACGGCAACGGCAAGAAGAAGCGCUACCAUCGCCACACCGCGCACCAGAUCCAGCAGAUGGAGGCGCUGUUCAAGGAGUGCCCGCACCCGGACGACAAGCAGCGGCUGAAGCUGAGCCAGGAGCUGGGGCUGAAGCCCCGGCAGGUCAAGUUCUGGUUCCAGAACCGGCGCACGCAGAUGAAGGCACAGCAGGACCGCGCCGACAACGUCAUCCUCCGCGCCGAGAACGAGUCCCUCAAGACAGACAACUACCGCCUGCAGGCCGCCAUCCGCAACGUCGUCUGCCCCAGCUGCGGCCACGCCGCCGUCAUUGGUGACAUGUCCUACGAGGAGCAGAACCUCCGCAUCGAGAACGCACGCCUCAAAGACGAGCUGGACCGCUUGGCGUGCAUCGCCAGCAGGUACGGUGGCGGGCGCCAGCCUGGCAUGUCGUCGGCUUCAGCGCUGAGCUGCAUGUCGGCGCCGCCGCCUGUGCUCAUGCCGCCCCUGGACCUCGACAUGAACGUAUACUCCCGGCACUUCGCCGAGCAGCAGCACGGCGCCAUGGACCUCAUGGCCUUGCCGCAGCAGAUGGCCGCCGGCGGGCACGGCAUCGCGGCGACGGCGUCAUACUUGCAGGGCCCAAUGACGCCCGUCAUCGUCCAGGAGCAGGACAAACAACUGGUGAUGGAGCUCGCAUCAACAGCCGCCGAUCACCUCAUCAAGAUGUGCCGCACCAGCGAGCCGCUCUGGGCGCGCCGCCGCGGCACCGGUCCCUCGUCCGGCGAGGUCAUGGACGCAGAGGAGCACGCGCGGAUGCUCAGCUGGCCCAUCGACUCCGGGAAGCAGCAGCAGUCUGACGUCGCCCACUCGGCGAGGACGGAAGGGACGCGCGACAGUGCCGUCGUCAUCAUGAACAGCAUCACAUUGGUCGACGCCUUCCUCGACGCAAACAAGUGGAUGGAGCUGUUCCCUUCGAUCGUGUGCAAGGCAAGGACCAUUCAGGUCAUACACCAUGGCGCUGCUUCUGGCCAUCUCAGCAGUGGAUCUCUCAUCUUGAUGCAAGCGGAGAUGCAGUUCCUGUCUCCUCUAGUGCCGGCGCGGGAGGUGGUCUUCUUCCGGUACUGCGUGCACAACGCCGACGAAGGCACCUGGUCCAUCGUCGACUUCCCAGCCGACGGCUUCCAGGAGGAGCUUCUGCAGCAGCAGCAGCAGACCAGCUCGCUGGUCCGGUGCCGCCGCCGGCCCUCCGGCUGCAUCAUCCAGGACGCCCCCAAUGGCUACUCCAGGGUGGUGUGGGUGGAGCACAUGGAAGUGGUGGGGGAGGAGAAGCCCCUUCAGCCGGUUUUCAAGGACCACGUCGCCGGCGGCGCCGCGUUCGGGGCCACCAGGUGGGUCUCCGUCCUUCAGCGCCAGUGCGAGCGCCUCGCCAGCGAGCUCGCCCGCAGCAUCGCCGAUCAAGGAGUUAUCCGCACCCCUGAGGCGAGGACAAACAUGAUGAAGCUGUCUCAGAGGAUGGUCACCGCCUUCUGUGCUAACAUAAGUGCAUCUGGGAGCCAGUCUUGGACGGCGCUAUCUGAUUCUACAGAGGACACAGUCAGGAUUACAACAAGGAAGAAUACUGAGCCGGGGCAGCCCAGCGGUGUCAUCCUCACUGCGGUCUCCACAAGCUGGCUUCCUUUCAGCCAUCAACAGGUGUUUGAGCUUCUUGCAGACGAGCAACAGCGCUGUCAGCUUGAGAUUUUGUCAAACGGGGGCUCACUUCAUGAGGUGGCACAUAUUGCAAAUGGAUCACACCCAAGGAAUUGCAUUUCUCUUCUUCGCAUAAAUUCUGCAAGCAACUCAUCACAGAAUGUGGAGCUCCUGCUGCAGGAGAGCAGCAUCCACCCUGAUGGUGGAAGCCUGGUGGUGUUUGCAACCGUGGAUGUGGAUGCCAUCCAGGUCACAAUGAGCGGGGAGGAUCCUUCAUACAUCCCUCUACUCCCCAUGGGCUUCGCCAUCUUCCCAGCCACCAGCCCUUCGCCUGGAGCCACUAGCUCAGACACCACCAGCAACGGCGAAUCAAGUCCUGGCAAUGCAGAUGAGCCCGCCACCGGCUGCCUCCUCACCGUGGGCAUGCAGGUGCUGGCCAGCGCCGUGCCUUCAGCCAAGCUCAACCUCUCAAGCGUCACUGCAAUCAACAGCCACAUCUGCAACACCAUCCACCAGAUUACAACAGCACUCAAGGGUGCCGGAGGUAGCCGGACUGAGCCGGCGCCUGCAGGUUCCGACCAGUAGCAAGAGAUGCUGGGUGGGAGUGGAGGGAAGCACACGCCGCAGACCAAAGUCCAAUUAUUUUGCCACCUGCUAACACCUCAACUAUCUGUUAGCAGCUCAGCUGCAAGGGAGGAUUUGACAAGAGCCCACAAGACUAACAACAAAACCCCUCUCUUCCCGCCAUGCUCCUCUCAAAAUGGCAAAAAUACCCUCUAGUAACAACCACUGGGGGCAUUUUGAUCAUUUUGGGAAGGCAGGCAACGUGAUCCAUCUCCAGCCAGAAAGGGUCUUGUCAAGCUCUCACUUGCACCAACCAACACCAACAGAAUCAGCUCCCAGGGCAUUUUGGUCAUGCGGUUCUUGCUGCUACUCUUCCUCCUCCCCCCUGCUCAGAAAGUCAAAGACUGUGAAGGUAUCUUCUUUUGAUUUUGUAAUAAUGAGAGUACUUAAUUAGUUUGAGCGUGCGACUUUGUUCCAAGACUUGUUUAAAGCAGACUGUAAUGCGAAAGGGAAGAUGAAGGUGAGAGAGGAGGAGUCAAGAGCGAACCAUUCGUGAUCCUUCCCACUUGCAACGGAAGGGUCUCUUGGUUCGGGAAUUGACUUGUUUCCUCUCUCCGCCUUGUCUGUAAAACAUUUGGAUCAUGUUUUGUUAUUACUGUGUUCCUGGUACUUCUUACAUUGCAA